AGUCCUAGAUUUGCAGAUACAAGUUUGAAAAUGCUGUCCAGUCUCUUCCGAGUGCAUGGGCUUUUUGUGGCCUCUCAUCCUUGGGAGGUCAUUGUGGGAACUGUAACUCUUACCAUCUGCAUGAUGUCCAUGAAGAUGUUCACUGGUAAUGAUAAGAUCUGCGGCUGGAAUUAUGAAUGCCCCAAACUUGAAGAAGAUGUUUUGAGCAGUGAUAUCAUAAUCCUGACAAUCACACGCUGUAUAGCAAUCCUUUAUAUAUACUUCCAGUUUCAAAACCUGCGACAGCUUGGAUCAAAAUAUAUUUUGGGUAUUGCUGGACUCUUCACAAUCUUCUCAAGUUUUGUCUUCAGUACAGUGGUGAUUCAUUUCCUUGAUAAGGAAUUGACAGGUUUGAAUGAAGCUUUGCCAUUUUUCUUGCUUCUGAUUGACCUCUCCAGAGCCAGUGCGUUAGCCAAAUUUGCGCUCAGUUCCAAUUCACAGGAUGAAGUGAGAGACAACAUUUCACGUGGAAUGGCAAUUCUGGGCCCUACAUUCACACUUGAUGCUCUCGUUGAGUGUCUUGUCAUUGGUGUUGGUACAAUGUCUGGAGUGAGACAGCUUGAAAUCAUGUGCUGUUUUGGUUGUCUCUCUGUUCUCGCCAACUACUUUGUUUUCAUGACCUUCUUUCCUGCUUGUGUGUCCUUGGUUUUGGAGCUUUCACGGGAAAGUCGUGAAGGCCGUCCCAUAUGGCAGCUUAGUCACUUUGCUCGUGUUCUGGAAGAGGAAGAAAACAAACCGAAUCCUGUAACUCAGAGAGUCAAAAUGAUCAUGUCUCUAGGUUUGGUUCUUGUACAUGCUCAUAGUCGAUGGAUAGCAGAACCAUCUGCUCAGAACAGCACAGUAGAAAUUUCGAUGGGACUGGAUGAAACUGCGCCUAAGAGAAUUGAGCCUAAUGUUUCUCUGUGGCAGUUCUACCUUUCCAGAAUGGCCAGUAUGGACAUUGAGCAAGUAAUUACACUUGGCUUAGCUCUUCUGCUUGCUGUCAAAUACAUCUUCUUUGAGCAGACGGAAAUGGAAUCCACACUAUCGUUGAAGAACCCUAUAACAUCCCCUUUAGUGAUCCAGAAAAAUAUUCCUGAAAACUGCUGCAGAAAACUGUCUUUACCUCUAAAACAUAAUCCAAAACCCAGACAAUUCGACGAGGUUCCAGUUGCCAAAGAGCAAAAAGAUGAAGCCAUAAACCCUCUCCUACCAGAGUCAUCAACUAAGGCCACGUUUGUGGUUGGCAAUUGUGCCCCCACAGAAACUUCCUCAGUUAGGAAGAGAAUAGAACCUGAAACUGAACUGCCUAAAGAGUCACGGUCUGUCGAAGAAUGUCUCCACAUACUUCAAAAUAAUGAGAUGGGUGCAAAGCUCCUUACUGAUGCUGAAGUCAUUAGCUUGGUCAAAGCAAAACAUAUUCCUGCAUACAAACUAGAAACUCUGAUGGAAACUCAAGAACGUGGGGUCUCCAUUCGUAGGCAAAUGUUAUCUCAGAAGCUUCCUGAACCUUCUUCUCUACGGUAUCUUCCUUACAAGAACUAUAAUUAUUCUUUGGUAAUGGGUGCCUGCUGUGAAAAUGUGAUUGGGUACAUGCCGGUCCCCGUCGGAGUAGCCGGGCCCCUUCUUCUGGACAAGAAAGAGUUUCAAGUUCCAAUGGCAACCACAGAGGGCUGUCUAGUGGCCAGCACAAACAGAGGGUGCAGAGCAAUAUGUCUCGGUGGUGGUGCCAGCAGCCGCGUUCUGGCGGACGGAAUGACGCGAGGGCCAAUUGUACGACUGCCCACCGCCUGCCAGUGUGCAGAAGUGAAGGCGUGGCUUGAAACGCCAGAAGGGUUUACGAUAGUCAAAGAGGCAUUUAAUAGCACAAGCAGGUUUGCUCGUCUACAGAGACUACAUAUCAGUUUGGCUGGCCGCAACCUUUACAUUCGCUUCCAGGCUAGAACCGGUGAUGCGAUGGGAAUGAACAUGAUUUCGAAAGGUACUGAGAAGGCACUUGUAAGGCUUCAAGAAGAGUUUCCUGACCUCCAUAUCCUAGCUAUUAGUGGUAACUACUGCACAGAUAAAAAGCCAGCUGCUGUUAACUGGAUAGAGGGAAGGGGGAAGUCCGUUGUCUGUGAAGCCAUCAUUCCCACCAAGGUUGUAAGAGAGGUACUGAAGACCACUACAGAAGCCAUGGUUGAGGUCAACAUAAACAAGAAUUUGGUUGGCUCUGCAAUGGCUGGGAGCAUAGGUGGCUACAACGCUCAUGCAGCGAACAUUGUCACAGCUAUCUAUAUUGCAUGUGGACAGGAUGCAGCACAGAACGUCGGCAGCUCAAACUGCAUCACACUGAUGGAGGCGACGGGUCCUACCAAUGAAGAUCUGUAUAUCAGUUGUACGAUGCCUUCUAUAGAAAUUGGGACUGUGGGCGGAGGAACCACCCUGUUACCACAGCAGGCUUGUUUGCAGAUGCUUGGUGUCCAGGGAGCCAGUGCAGACAUCCCCGGGGAAAAUGCUCGUCAGCUUGCCAAAAUUGUUUGUGCAACAGUAAUGGCAGGAGAAUUAUCUCUAAUGGCUGCCUUAGCUGCAGGGCAUUUGGUCAAAAGCCACAUGAUCCACAAUAGAUCAAAAAUAAACCUACAGGAUCUUAAUGGAACAUGUACCAAGAAAGCUGUUUAAAGAUUAACAGGAACUUGAAGCAAAGUAUUGCUGUGGCAA